AUGUGCUACUUCGAGCAAUCCCUCUGGUCCUGCGGCUACUGGAAAUGGGGAAACUUCCGCCAGCAGUGCAACAAGGAGUAUCGCACGGGCGAGACGUGCGGGCUCAAGCUCGUCUACGAAACCAGCUUUAUCCCUUCUCCUUGCAAGAUUUGCGAGCAAAUCUCCAAGAAGGAUCGAAGAGUGCGCAAGAUGGAGGAAGAUAUUGCUCGUUGGCGACGCGAGGGAAACAGGAUGGCUACCAUAGAAAAGACGGAACAUGAUAUCAGGGGUGUGCAAGGCCAGAUUGAGGACUUGUGGAGGGGGCAUGAGGAGAAGAGGAGGAGUAUUUGUUGA